AUGUUCAAGAAGCUAUGGGGCUCGUCUGCCUCCACUCCCGCCUCCUCAACCAACUUGAAGCUCAUGGAGUCCAGCGAGGAGGACAGAGAGGCCUUGAGACAGACCCUCGCCGGAAUGGACGCUUUGAUGAAUGAUCAACUCGACGAAGCCGAUAGAUACAUGAACAUGGGCUCUUCGGUGUACCACAUGCUCGGGAGAGCUGCUGUGCAGUUCCUCAAAGGAAUUAUUGGUGGUGAACAGGAAAUAUUGAAGGCAGCUGGAAGGAAAGUCCUUGAGGCCGAAGCCGCUGCUGAUAAAGAGCAGAGGAAGGCUAUCGCAGAGGGACGCCCCGCUGGCAAAUAUCCGCCUGGGACCGAGUUUUCCCUAGUUAGGGCGGAUGCCCUCCUCAUGAGCAGUUUGGUCGGCUUUACAACCGAGAGCAUGGUGGAGAGUAUGAAGGCUGCGUUUAACAUUCGUAAAGCAUACGGGCUGUUUGCUAAGAACUACGAAAUCAUUACCGGUGGUCAACAGAUAGCUGUACUUGGCGCUGCCGGUGUGGAUGGGACGGCCAUGUCGCCUGAGGAGGAGUCUGAAACGGUGAAUGCGCUGACUGAUGCAACACAAGAGUCACUUCAUCUUCACCAUCAACCCAGUAAUAUCAGCAUCAAGACCGCUAGCAGUACAGGUAGCAAAAGGAGGAAUACGAAAGCUUCUCCUGCAGUGGAUGCCUCUUUCAGAGGAAAGGAGGGUGACGAACAAAUGAACGGGCUCAUCUACGCGGGUACUCUGUCCGGUUUAGGCAUCUUCAUCUUGAUCAUUUCCCUUCUACCCACUUCUCUCAACAAGAUCCUCUCGAUUAUCGGCUUCAGAGGAGAUCGAAAGCAGGCACUUCAACUUCUUUGGGACAGUGCUCCCGUACCCAACGUAUACGGCGCCAUUGCUACAUUGACGCUCCUCGAGUACUAUAAUGCCAUUUCUAGUUGUGAUAUUGUCGACGAUGAGCUUUUUGAAGAGAGAAGGAAGACACUGGAGAUGCUGGCCCUCACAAAGGUUCGCUACCCGAAAAGUGGUAUGUGGGGCUUACAGGAAACACGAGCAAUGGCGCAGCAAGGAAAGCUGUACGAAGCCCUCGAUCGUUUGGAGCAACCUAUGACCUUUCAGAUGAAGCAAGUUGAAGUGCUCUGGACAUAUGAGCACGCUCUCAACCUUCUAUACGCCUUGCGCUUUGAGGAAGCUGCGCAGAAGAUGCUGCAUCUGUCGUCAAUAAGUGAGUGGAGUCAUGCCAUCUACACCUUCUUCGCUGGUUGUUGUUACGUUGAGCUCUACCGGCAGGCGCUGCUUGAUAACGACACGGAGGCCGCGGCGAGGUGCGCGAAAGAAGCUGAUGCUUUACUGACCAAGGUCCCUGGACUUGUGGGGAAGAAAACAUUCAUGUCCAAGCCCAUGCCGCUUGAAGUGUUUGUUCAGCGGAAGAUCAAGCGAUGGCAAGCACGCGUGGGAUCCAAAGGUCAACUUGUAGAUGGCGUAGGGGUCAGUCCCCUCAUGGAGUUCGUGUGGAUCAACAACGGAUGGGUCCGUAUGGCCAGCGAUAAGCAGCUGUUGGAGAAAUCACAGCGCAUGAUCAAAUACAGGGACGCAUCCAAAUGGCAGAUGGAGGAUGAUGCAGACGAGAUGGUUGUGAGGGACAUGCUAACCGCUGUCGUCAUGCGCUACUCGGGCGAUCUCCGGGGUGCUCGAGAGAUUCUCGAACAGCGUGUUGUCCACACGGAAAAGGCUAUUUUCUAUACGAGCAAAGAUAAAGACGAAUACUGCAUUCCUGGUGGAUAUUACGAACUGGCCGUUUGUCUCUGGGAGGGGCAAAAGGAAGCCAAGGGUGCGGCCGCAGCAAGGCAAUGGCUGAUCAAGGCUCGGGAUUAUGGUCAAAACUACGAUAUUGCUAAUCGCGUUGAUGUGAGGAUUCAAGCAGGAUUGAGCAUCUUGAAGAAAUAUCCAUAG